GCUGGGAUGGCGGGCGAAACACCCCUCGUGAGCGCUCGCGCGUACGAAGCCACUCGAGACGCGGUGCUAAAACUCAAGCAGCAGUGUCGCGUCGAGGAAACGCCAAGUGCAGCGCUUGCAACCCCGUUUGCGACGACCGAGCGGCGCAUGGCGCAGGCGAUGGCGGCGGCCCUGGACGAGCACGUCGUCAUUGUGCGCACGUCAGGACUUCGACCUGGUCGAGAAAACACGCUCGUUGACCACAUUGACGUCUUGCGAAAGCACUUCACGAAUGCGCUCACGUCGCUCCGCGCCAACUACACGGACGCCGAAAUGGAUUGGGCGACGCGCGUCGCCGCCAUCGAGUCGGAGCUCGCGCACGAGGUCGAUGCGUCAUCGAGUCUACGGGCGAGCCAUGUGACGGAGCUCGACCAGCUAACCCAGCGCCUCGAAAUUACCCAUUUUGAAGAGCUUGAGAACCUCACAAAACUCUACGACGAUAAAGUUGUCGAGAUCCAAGCGGCCGCCGACGCGCAGCUCGCAGUGGUCGAAGCCGCAUGCAAUGAAAAGGUUGGACUUGUGCGCGCCAAGGCCAAGUCGUGGAAAGUCGCGUACGAAGCCAAGCUCAAAGACGCCGUGACGAGCAAGAUCGACGCGCUCAAGACGCAAGCGGAGCUCCAAUUACAGGCGGUCUUGAUGCAGCUCGACAAGGAGGCGCAGGUUCUAACAAGUGCGCUUCAAGACGCGCGGUGCCAGGCCAAGUCGCUCGAGCGGCAACUCGCGCAAGCCAACACGCGCAUUCAGGAACUCGAGGCCGCCAUGCCACGCAGCGAGGUCGCCAUCUGUAAGCUUAAGGCCCAGGUCGCUGGCGAGGCCGAGGCCGUGGAGGAGCAAAAGGCCAAGUACGACGCACUAUUGGCCACGCACCGGGCGCUCCAGACGCAAAUGGUCGAAGAGAAAACGCGGCUCGUACAGCACCAUGCGCUCCAGCAAGGACUUCUCGAGGAGCAGUUGGCCCGCGCCAAGCAAGACGAAAUGGAGCGACUUCACGAGCGAGUGCGCCACGCGAUGGAAAUGAAGGCAGUCGUGAUUAGCCAGCUCGAAGCAGCGGUACUAGAGGCAGAGAAUCGCGCCGCGCUCGCCGAGCACGCACUCAAUCAAAUCCACACAGAAAUGAUGACCAGCUCGCGCUGCGACGUCCUCGAAGCCUUCCCCAUCGAUGCAUGAGCGACAAUUAGACUGUAUGAUAUACAUGUACUAGUAUUGUACAAGUAAACAGGGGUGUAGUUGCGAUAUAUACUCUGAACGCGAAACGAUGCCGAU